ACUUUGCCAAUUUAUUUGUUUUGUAAGGUUAUUAUCACAUAAUUUAGACAUUAUUGAGACCCAAAAGGUACCCCGCGUAAAACUACUUGUUAUUUUUGGUUAAAUCGCCUUUAUCGCCGUAAUAUUCAUUAAGUAAUUCAGUCCAUUUCCGACUUCCGUUGUCUCAUAUGUGUCAUUAUGUGUUCAAACUUCUUCUCAUUUUCAAUCAACUAUGCUAAGUUGUUUCUGACUGAUCAGUGGCUUUAGUCUCAGUUAUCGCUUAUGGCUUGCUAUGAUGUCACUCAACAAUCUGCUGAAAGUGAGUGUGAAGCGGAAUUGGACCCCAGGAUUCGGAUUGAGCUAGAAAGAUUGAAUAAUGCCACAGACAAGAUUAACAAAUUGGAAGUUGAGCUGGAUGAAGCCAACACAACUUUUAGACUCUUGAUGGGAGAGUCUACACGAAGACUGAAACUCCUUGCUCGAAAACUUGGUAGCUGCAUAGAAAAAGCGCGACCAUACUAUGAUGCAAUUGAAAUUGCAAGACAAGCUCAACAGGAAUGUCAAAGAGCAGCUGAAAGAUUUCAGAGGGCUAAUGAGUUACAUCAAGAAGCAAAGCUCACUGUUGCUCACGCUGAACAGAGGUUCAUGAGCAAGCAGAAUGAAUGGGAGUUUGACAAUGCAUGGCAAGAAAAAUUGAACAAUGCAAUUAUCAAGGUGACAGAUGCAGAGCUUAUGAAAACAGAAAGUGAACGUGAACAUAGGAAGAAAGCAUCUCUGUUUCAUGCUGCCGAGCAAAAGGCACAGCUAUUUGAGCAAAAGCUGAAGUCAAAUAUUGCAAAAUCAAGGCCUUAUUUUGAUGAGAAAAUGAUCUGCGAACGGCAAUUGUCAAAUCAAAAACAGCGCAUUUUAGAAUUGAGAAAAGCAGUGACAGAAGCUAAACAAGAAUAUGCUGAUUCUCUGCGAAGACUAGAGGAUAUCUCUGAAGAGAUUCACAUGAAACGUAGAAUGAAGUCGGGCAAUGUGAGUCCGUGUGGUGUUCGUGAACCAGGAGUUGGAGCAGAAGUAAACGAUGACCGAGCAUCAGAUGACAUGGCAGCCUGUUCAGCGUUUGCGUAUAAUGGAUACUUCCAAACUAUCGACAAUGCCUACAAUUGUGAUAAUAUGAAUGAUUACACCGUGCCAUAUUCUUCAAGUAAUAACUCCAUCUCAAGGAAUAGUCUCGAUUAUGAAACCGAGCUUGACAAAUGUGAUAAGAGGAGCCUUGCGAGUGUCUCUGCCACCACUUCAUCUGCUGUCAGUGAGAUUGAUGAAACAGAAUGGGCUUCAUAUAGAGAGGACCUGGAAAUGUUGAAACAACGCGUGAAAGAGUUAGAAGCAAUGCCUAAUGAAGAACGAGGAAGUAUCGAAGGUGAAGCUGUAGAUAGCUCCGAUAAAGAUGCCGAAGGCGCCAAUCAAAAAAUGAAUAAACUGAGUCUUAGCGAGACUAGUAAUGCAAAUCCUACGGAUCAAGCCCCUAAUCAAAAUAAUUCCAUCAUCGUCAAGUCUGAAGAGGUGGCAAGGCUGGUAAAUUAAUCUAAAAGUCGAGUCAUUUUUUUUUUUUUAUCAAAGUAAGUCUGUGUUAUUCUCGAUUGUCUAACUAUUAAGUUUUCUAAAGUGUAUAGAUAUUUAACCUUUUAAUAUGUUCUCGGCUGCAACUUUUUGGCUUUCAUUUCAUUUGUAGCCAUGGAAUGCACAAGGGGCUGUUCACAAAUUACGCCACUUUAAAAUGUGAGGUUUUAGUUCUCCUCUUUGUCAUGCAUCUAUUCAGCAUGUCUGCACCCCCUGAAAUAUUACGAUACAUUGCAUUGUGUGACGCAAUAGUCGUAUUUUGUUUGGUGUAACAAUUGUCACUGUUUUGCAAAAGUUCGGAACAUUUCUAUUUUGUUUGAGGGUAACGAAAAGUUAGGGGUGGGGCUUAUUUAAUUGAGAAAAUUUUUUUGUACAAUUUGGCGACGCUGUCAUAGCAUUUUGAUGCGCAACAAUCGGAACGUGCUCUGAGCAGGUUCCAGAAUUGGUUACGGAGUUUCUAACCUCACUCUGCUCUGUUCUCUCAUUGGUUGCUCCUUGAUCAAGAAAAAGUAACACAAAUAACAGUUUUUUUGGAAACAAGUUCCAACUGUCACCUCAAACAAAAUACCACUAUGCUAAAAAUCAGCAUUUUUUGUGGAUAUUAUUACCAGAUAUUUGUCCAAAAAAUAAGUGCUAUGAAUGAUUACUGACAAGGCUUCACACAGUGUCAACUCCUCUGUCACAUCACCAUCAUGCUGAAACCAGGAUCUCACUCUUUCCGUACUGAUUGAUGUAAUUUAUGAAUGAUCCCUAAAAACACGAGCAUCUGAAUGCUUGAUGUAGGGGCAAGAGCUUAAACCAGCACCUGCUGGUUAAAAACCUAAUUAAUUUGGCAAAAUUUGUAUAGAUUGUAUGCACUUUGCAGCUCUGGUGUCACAAAUAAAUUGAUCAAGGGUACGUUGGUUGCUAAUAAUAUAAGUUUUUAGAAUCAUAAAGAACCAUUUGGUUAUUACUGAUUUAACUAGCUUGGCAGAAAAUGUAUUAAUUAUGGCCGCAGCUAAAAUCAAGGGAAAUAAUUUGUACAAGACCAUGCUUCUUAGAAGUAGUGUGUUUUCCUCAAUACUAAUCUAGGUGUGAGUCCUAGGAAAAUUGAUGUUUAAUUUCCAUAUGACUGUCAUUGUACUUUUUUAUUUUUUCCUUGGGGGGGGGGGGGGGGGAGAAGUCCUGGUCAAUUCUCGACUAUUGCUGUUACAGCAACUGUACAGCAAGGAAAAAAUCGAGAAACACUUCUUUCUGAUUUUAUAAACUAUUAUUGUAUUACUGUCUAACCAUGUUCUGUAAUUUUUAGCGAUGGAUAUUUUUCAUAUGUGGGGAUGUAAUUUUUUAUAAGAUUUCAACCGAAAAUAUGUACCGUUUUUAUGCCUUCUAAAUUAUUUUUGAAGACUUGUACUCUCGUUGUCCUUGAAGAUCUUCGUUUUGAUGAGCAUGCUUUGUUUCAAACAAAAAUCUCUUCAAACGCUUCUUCUUAUCACAAUUUUUUUGUUAUUAAAACAUUGAUUGACUUAUGUACCAUAACAAUGAAGCAGUGGAGCUUGUAAAGCAUUUUCAUACAAAUUUCCUUCAAAAAAUCUCCUAACCUAAUUAUGUUUUCAGGUGUGUAUAAUAGAAAGAGCUUUGUAAUAAUAUUUUAUAUUAAUGAAAAGAGAUUUAAAAAAAUGUGUUGGUAGAUGCACAUUUUCAUUGCGCACUCAAAUGCUAUGUACACGGCUAAGUUAUUAUCUACAACCGAAAAAGUCUAAAAGUUAAUCUUUUCUAAAUUAUUCUCAUCAGUCGGUGAUGCUCUCAUUCACACUGUUUAUGACUUACAUUCGAUGAAACCAGGGUCAAAGAAACCAUUGUUUCACACCAGCAGUAUAGAUAUCGCCAUUCUGUUUUUAGAGAGUUUUAUUCUUGCCAAUAUUUUACAGAAUUUGUUGGUGUUUGGAUUAAUGCCAUUAGAUACUUUUAAAAGAUCUGUAAGUUAGUAUCAACCAUUGAAACGUGAAGGCAUCACACAUUGAUGGCUGAAGAUGGAAGCCAUGCGCCCUGGUAUAGCAUAACGCGGUUUUCUUGGAAUACUCCAGUUAUUUGUUAGGAAACUGACCGUAUUUUAACAAGAGAAUCUACUGUGAGAGUUUUGGGAAAAUAAACAAGUGCAUAUUUAGACUUGUGAGUUGUGACGUUUGCAAGAUCAAUUUCUCUCCUUUGUUUGAAUAAUACUUUGCAAAAGUUAGACGCAAUGAAGUGCCUUUUCUUCUUCAAAAAACGGUACAGGAAAGGAAAUUACAAGACAUUGCAAUCACGUUUUCUGAGUUUAGCCAUCCGUGAGCAACUGAUCAAUUUAAAUAAAUUUGAUAAUGAAUUCAAUCUCUUUUAAUACUUGCAGUGAAUGCAUAGUAUAUUUUUUUCGACACUUUGCUGAUACAAAUGCAAGAAACAGAAUAGACAAAGUCGUGCCACAGUUGCCCCUUUUGGCAUAUUUUUAUAUUUAAGUUUUAUUUAUUUAUUUUUUUCUCUCUCAGUUUCUCUUCUUAAUUUUAACAUGUAUGACUGCAAUUUUCAAUGCGCAUCUAAACCUCUGGAUCUCUGUUGUUUAACUUCAGUUUUACGUAAUUUAUUCUUGUAUUUAUUUUUUACUCUCAAGGAGAGGUUACAGCAGGACUGUCCAAGAUUUUUGAACUAAGAUUGGAGCUGAAGCAAGAGGAUAUAACAUACUGCAGGGUUUUUCUUUUUAGAAUUUCCCAAGGCCCCUUGAAAAUCCCUUCUAUUGAGUUGUGAGCUUUCAAUUUGAACAUAUUAAGCUUAUUUAUGUUUAUUUUAUACAGCAAGGGGGGCGCUGAAAACAGCGAGGCUCUCUAUGCCCUGUUGUUCUAAGCCCAACUCGAUGGAAAAUGGGGUAAUACUGUUUUGACUUUAAUUUUUCAACUUUUUUUCUUUCUUUAUGAAAGCCUUUGACUCUAGUGAAAAUUUCUUGUCUUUCAUAAUAUUUCAGUUGUUUAACAAUUUAUCUUUAAGAAUUAUUCAAAAUCUAAACUUUACUAGGUAUUAUUUUCUACUAGUUAAUCUCUCUUCAUCUUUUUAGCGAUUGGGCUCUUCAGUCUUAGAUCUCGUCAAGAUAGAGUUAUAGUCAGGAUCUUGUCAAAACACUACAAUUUAGUUGGAUUUAUUGAUGGGGAAAAGAUAAAUCGGUAAGAAUCAACUGCCAAAAGUGAAAUAAUCAGCAAAUUUGUCCUUUACGAAAACGAGAAAAUCGCCGGAAGUUUAAGCAGAUAGAAUAGUUUUUGUUUUCCAAUUCCCUGCAAUCUCUUGUUGCUUUAACCCCUCUAAAUUCAGCUUUUAUUAAUGUUUUAUAAUUUUUUGAUGAUGUUUAAAGCAUCUGUAAGAAGCAAAUCUUGUAUGCCUAUAAUAUCUGAACAUGUACAGUGAUGCAAAAUCAACAUAACUAGUCUGUGUCCUUAUUAACUUAACGCUAGGUUCAUAUCUUUCUCCAAUUGUGUGAAACUCAAGCCGUUCCCAAGCUUAAGAGUUAUAUUGCAGCUUUAGUUCUCUAGAACUAUAUUCAGUUCUCUUUUAAGGUUAAAAUUAAAAGCAAAUUAACCUUUAAAGUUGUUUUUAUCGGUUAUAAAUUUUUUUCAUUUCUGUUGAAAAUAUGUGAAUUUUUUAAAGGUUUAUGUUUGAUCACAGAGCUUAGAAGCAUCUAAUGCUAAAAAUCAAGAAGGUUGUUGACAUAUACGUGUAUAAAUAUGUGUACAUAAUCUUUGUUAGAUUGGAACUAGUGUAUAUCACCAAUAUUCAGCUUUGUUCUCAAUUAUUUUUGGUAGUUGAACUGCUGUGACAUAUUUGCCACACUUUAUAAAUCCUUUUAUUUUUUUCUCACAGCAUUAAGGAGUCUAAUUUGGAAGCAAAUAUAUACAUACUCAUGUGAACUCUGUAUGAGUCGGGUAUUUUUUCUCAUUUCUAUCAAUAAUUUCUGAGUAUUAGCUGCCCUUAAACUCUUCUUGAUAAUUGCUGUUUAAUUUUAAGAAAUCAGGAAUUUCAGAGUUUGGUUUUUAAAAAUCUCUCCAAGAAAAUUUCCACGCAGUCACAGGAGGUAUGAUAUGAUCUAAUUCUUUUUCUUGUCCUUUUUUUUGUACUAUCGUCAAUACCUUGUGAUUUCAUUGUCUUGAUUUCCAUGACUUGUUUCACAUACCAUGACAAGUAAGUUAAGAAUUGAUGAGUUACAGAAAAAAAAUUUUAUUUAUCAAGGUGUAGAAAAUUCAAAUUUUUUAAUGGUUUGAGAGGGGUGCAGGCAUUUUUUAGCCUUCCCUCUUUCCUGAUUGGCCUUCUCAUUUAAAAAACUUUUUACUCCUCAAAAUGUUGAGAGUAAUGACUUUCUUUUUUUUUUUUCUUCGCCAUUUUGCGAACCUUGUAAGGUUUUCACACUUAUAUGGACUGGCACUCACCAACCUUUUUACAAAAUCCCUUUUCACUAACUUUCAAUUUUUGAGCGCAAAUAGUCAAAUUGGAUCAUAACCUGUGACUGCAAGUUUGUUGUUUAACAGUUUAUAGAUAACUAUUUAUCACAAAAAAUCGCUGUUCUACGGUCACAUCUCUGUUUCUGUUUAACUAGGGCCGUAGCUUCAGCUUUCUACUAUAUUCCAUCCAAUUUAUCCCGAUGAAAAACUGCUGUUCUCUCAAUGACUCUUUUGUUUUUGUAAGAUAAGCAUCUCACUCAUAUGCAUAAUUCUCUGAAAAUAAAUAUGCUUUUUUUCUCUGAUA